AUGAUGGUUCAUAGACAAGUUAUUGAUGAAUGUAUUUUGUUUUUAGAUGAACAUGUGGAUUCUUGGUUUGGUCUGGGGGGUAGACAGCCUUUGUUUGUUUUUGUUUCGGGUCCUCAAGGGUCUGGGAAGACUUAUAAUGGGUCAAGGAUAUAUGAAUAUUUGAAGGAAAAGUUUAAGGAUCAGAAAAGAGUGGUAUACUGUUCGAUUGACGACUUUUACUUGACUCAUGGGGACCAGAAGAAGCUCGAGGGUCAGUUUCCUGGGAAUCAGCUGCUUCGAGGUCGUGGGCUCCCGGGGACUCACGAUAUGAAGCUAUUGUAUGAGUUUAUAGAUGCGAUAAAUUGUAAUUGUCGGAUCAGAGGUGAUGGGAAAUAUCACCAGAAGUUACGGUUGCCCAUGUACGACAAGUCCAAAUAUUCAGGUGAAGGUGAUCGGGCUAGUGAAUGUGCCUUCACCGAGUUGCCUGUGGAUAUAUUCAUCUUGGAAGGUUGGUUUCUAGGGUUCGAGCCUGUGUUGCCCGACUCUCUUGACGAUGAAAGGAAACAACUUCUAGAAGGUGAUAUGAAACUGGUGAAUAGUAAUCUGUACUUGUACUGUGAUCUUCUUUGGAAUAACCCAGAGAUACAUUCUUUGGGAAUAGCGUUUGAUACAGAUUCUGUGGAGCAGAGAGUUUACCAGUGGAGGCUACAACAGGAGCAUGAUACGAUAGCGAAGCAUGGAGAUGGGAUGUCGGAUGAGAGUGUGAUGAAGUUUGUCGAUAGGUAUAUUCCCUCUUACAAGUUGUAUUAUAGGGAUUUUAUAAACGCAGAGAAUUUGGGUUCUAUAGCCACUUUGACUUUAAAGAUUGAUUCUGAGAGAAAAGUUCUAUCUACCAAGAUGAGAAGCGUCGAUUGA